GUCUUUCCACCUAUACAACUUUGCCCAAUAAGCCCUCUCCAGUCUCUAAACCACCAAAAUGCACUGCAACACACUCUCUCUUGCCGCUGUGGCUCUCCUCGCCAGCUCCGUCAACGCCCACGGUCACGUUGCCAAGGUUAUCGCUGGCGGCCAGGAGUACACUGGUGGUAUCCCCCACGGUGCUCCCUCCAACGCUGUCGGCUGGGCUGCUGGAAACCAGGACAACGGCUUCGUUGAGCCCGCUGCCUUUGGCACUGCCGACAUCAUCUGCCACAAGAGCGCCAAGCCUGUCAGCAACGCUGUCACUGUUGCCGCUGGCGAUGUUGUCACCCUGAAGUGGGACACCUGGCCCGAGUCUCACCACGGUCCCGUCACCGAGUACCUCGCUCCUGUCAGCGGAGACUUCGCCAGCAUCAACAAGGGAAGCCUUCGAUGGACCAAGGUCGCCGAGAAGGGCUACAUCUCUGGUAGCAACCCCGGCAACUGGGCAUCCGACGAGCUCAUCCGCGACGGUUUCGCCUGGAAGUUCACCGUGCCCCGAAACCUCAAGGCCGGCAACUACGUUCUCCGACACGAGAUCAUCGGACUUCACUCUGCUAACAACAACAACGGUGCCCAAGCUUACCCCCAGUGCAUCAACCUCAAGGUCACUGGUAGCGGCUCCCAGGCUCUCAGCGGUGGUGGCGACUUCACCAAGUUCUACUCUGCCACUGACCCCGGCAUUCUCUUCAACCUCUACGCAAGCUUCAGCUCUUACCAAAUCCCCGGACCUGCCGUCCAGAGAAUCUAAGAGAUUUUCACGAGGUUCAGACAAGUGGUUUCUAGUUUCCAGACUGAGUUUGGGACCAAGGACUAGGGCAAUGGGCAGCCCUUCGCUCUGAUGUUAUUCGGUUGCCGCUAGUCGGUUCAAAUUUCUACACGCAGCGGAGCUGUGUGAUUCAUGUAUCUACUCUUAU